UAAUUUUGUUGUAUCCCCGCGGCAGAUGAUGGAAGAUGAAUGAAGCGACAAGCUAGCAGUUAGCUAGCUGAAAACAAUAUCACAGCAUAUAAACUGGCGCUAAUAUGCCGAAACAGCGAAUUUAUCAAUAAUAAAGAUAUUUGAGAACUGUGUGGAGGACCUCCUUACCAGAUUCGCAUGCUUGGCACCUAAACUAAGCCGGACAGCCAGUUGGUCGAGGAGGUGUUGCUAAUAACAAACGUUAGCAUGUACAGUGAGGAUCUACUUGGAGUGUAUUCAAGAUUGCAACUGUCUGAAUCAAGGGGAAAUACACCAACUCCUGAGGGCUGAGGCAGCUGUGCCACCAUGUACCCGAGCUCUAACUUACCCAUAAAGCCCAGCUGCAACAGCAGCAGCAUCACUGAGCUGCUGGGCGCUCUCUGUGACUCCAGCCUGUCCGGGGUAUCAUGGAAGCGCCGUGCCCUUGGAGGACUCUCAAGAGAGGGUUUCUGCAGAGCUCUCAAGAGGUGUGCCUACGGUGUCCUGCUGUCCAAGCUAUUUCAAGAUGGCACCAAAGGGUCUGCCUCAGGACCGAGUGCCACAGCUAAUACACCACCCAGAAACAAAGUCCUGAUGAUAUGUUUUGACCUGCGGGUGUCAGGGUGCCGAGAGGAAGCGGAGAGGUUGGAGGAGCAGCUGGAGAGGCUGCCGGAAGGAGAAUCAUCCGGCCUGAAGGAAGUGGAUGCGGUUCUAGAGCUCCUGGUGCACCUAGCUGGUUCAGCACCACCUCCACCUACUUCUUUCAGCAGGGACUACAUGAGACGAGAGAGACCCGUGCUCCGAAGGCCCCAACCCUGGGGCUAUCAGAGCGAGGAGCUGCAGAGGCUAGAGGCUCGUGCGUGGGGUCUAGUGUGUGGGGAGGAAUGGGGGACUUUGGAGAGUUUGUGUGGAUCUCAGAGGUUGAUGGAUGCCCCUCCGGGAUCAGGACUGCUGGGUCUGAGGACAAAAUCUGAAUCAGAAGAAAGAUUUGAGAGGGAGACCAGGAUGACACUGUUUGGAGCACUGCAGCACACUCGCACCUCAGACAUAGACAUCAGACUGGACCUGCCUCCCGUGCCCAGUAAUAUUGAUGUAACUGGGCUGACUAUAAGGGUCCCCUCUUUUUUAGACCAAUCUGAGGAUGAGGGAUUCCAGUCAUCUUCCAACCUGACCCCAGACUCUCAGUCAGAGCCCAGCUCUAUUCCAGACUUUGAUAUAUGGGAAGCUCUCCGCACAUUUGAGCCUGGAAAGCGUCGCUGCUGGGAGUCUGUUGGCUGCCCACCAGGAAAAAGGGAGUCUCUCUAUCUAACAGAGGGAGGCAGGGAGGCCUUUGACCAACUCUAUCGUCUGUGGGAGGGGGAGAUGAGGGUGGUCAGUACCAGCACACCCUCUCCUCUUCUCCCGCUGCCCCUGGACUCUCAGACACAGCUGGUGUCCGACCUUCUCAAUGUCUUGAUCGGAGUGGCGUCCACGACCUUCCCUCUGAACCAGAGCAUUCAGUUUGACGUCAGACCUGGUGUGUGCGUGUCAGGAGCCUCUCCAGAGAGUGUGUCUCGACUCCUGGGGGAGCUGGCCCAGUACGGCACCUACUACUUGAGGCUUAGCCGCUUUUCUCUGCAGAGUGCUGACAAAAAAGGCCUUGUGUUUCAGGCGUUUACAGGUGGUCUGCGAAAGUAUCUGCACUACUACAGGGCUUGUGUUCUCAGCACUCCACCCACCCUCAGCCUGUUGACCAUCGGCUUCCUCUUCCGCAAAGUGGGCCGCCAGCUAAGGUACCUGUCAGAACUGUGCUGUGUAGACGGGCCUUUGGGUGCAGGCCAGGCUACCUUCCCUGUGGGUGUUAAACUGCUGUCCUACCUGUACAAUGAAGCACAGAAUAACUGCAGCAAUGAAAACUAUCCGGUCCUGCUGUCACUGCUGAAGAGCAGCUGUGAGCCUUAUACACGAUUUGUGUCAGACUGGGUCUAUAGUGGCGUGUUUCGAGACGUUUAUGGGGAAUUCAUGAUCCAGGUCAAUGAGGAGUAUCUCAGUUUCAGAGAUAAACACUUCUGGGUCCAAGGCUACACUCUGAUCUCAAAGGAUGUGGAGGACUGUGUGCCCCUCUUCCUGAGACACAUUGCCAAUGACGUAUACGUCUGUGGGAAGACCAUCAACCUCCUCAAGAUCUGCUGCCCGCAGCACUACAUCUGCUGGUCGGAGCUGCCGGUGCCUCGCAUUUCUGUCACCUUCUCCCUCGAGGAGGUGGAGGAGAUCGAGAGGGACUGUGCUGUGUACCGCGGACGCCUCGAGAGGAUUGCUAAGCACAGCGCCAUGAGCAGGGAGGAGCAAGCCCAGAGAGCAGAGCAGGCACGCCAGGAGCUGAUCAAUCAGGUCAGGGAGUCGGUUGCCCAAACCCUGGAGAGCAUCCGUGGGCGCCAGGUGUCACAACGUCUGGCUGAGGAGGCCAAGAAGCGGGAGCGUUUUGUUGAGCUGAAACAGCACCUGGAGCAGGAGCAAGAGUGGCGAAGUUCAGCCAAGAAGAAGCAGGAGGACGAUGACUUCAGCUUUGCCAGAGAGGUGAGGGACAGAGAGAAGAGACUACAAGCCCUGGAGGAGCAACUGGAGCAGAGAGCCAGGAAGGAGCUGAUUGCUCAGUACAGCCGUCUGUCAGAGGAAGCAGCUCGCAGAGAGAGGCGGGCUAUGUGGCGGGUGCAGAGAAUGAGGCUUGAAGAAGCCCGGGUUCAGUUCUUCAUGCAUGACAGGCAGCAGACUGAGGCAAUACUCGAGAAAUAUCCUUUAGGCCAGCAGGGACCUCCUGUGGAAGUAUUGCCAUCUGUUUCCUCAGCACAACAGACUGCGCCACAAUCAACACGAAAACCUCCCACUCAGGAGCCGUCUGAUGAACAGCAGCCAGCAGACACUCAAGAUGCAGAUGCUGCACCUCCCCCACCUGACCCGUCUUCAUCCAACUUUACAGUGGAUCCUGUCCUCAUCUCUGAGAACAUUGACAUCAAUGAUUUUCUCCCUAAAUCUCCAAACCCUGACAGUCAGCAGGUGGACAUGGCCCUACAGGAUAUCGGCUCUGACCUACCUGAAGUGUGUCCUACAGCACAACUAGUUGAAUAUGACUUCAGUGCCCCCUUUAGUCCACUUGAGGGUAUAACUGGCCAAGCGUCAACCCAGCCCCGGCCUCGCUGGGGACCUGUGGUCCAGCCUGACUUGAUCCAAAACCACCCUUCUUUUUCCCACAUUCCCUUAGGAGAGAACAUGUCUCAAAUCCAGGAGGGUCUCCCCAGAGCGAGCCCCUUUGGCCAAGCCUCCAAAUCCAGCUUUCCCAUUGGCCAGUACACCCCAGAGGAGCCCCAAUAUACAUUUAAACCAAGCGUGUAUGGACAUCCUUCUCAAGCCUCAUUGCAGCUUGUAGAUGGGGGUGGCUCAAUGAUGGACAACACACAGGCGGGAGUUGUAUCUGUGACUGAACAGAAGACCGGAAUGGUGAGUUUGGAAAGUAAAAUGGAGGGAAAUGAAGAUGAAGGUAAAUCUGUUGAGAUAAGACAACAAGAUCAUUUGGUAGAGCAAAGUUGCAAGGACGAUGAUCACCAAAAAGUAGCGACCAACAUUUCUGCAAGCAUUCAAGACCACAGCUCAGAUGUUCAAGAUAAAGCUGGUGAAAAGGUUUCUUUGCCAGAUAUAAGCGCAGGUCUGAAAGGUGGUGAGCUGGUUUCAGAUGAGGUUGCCCAACAGCCUUCACCUAGCAUCCAUGGCCAUUCCUCUGAUGCUCAUAUAAAGGUCGGACAGUUUGUACCAGAGGUAACGGCUCCUCUUCCAUCCCCUAACGUCCACGGUCAUGCCUCAGAUUCACACAUCAAGAUCGGAGAUCAUGUUUCAGAAGUUGAUGCCCCUCUACCCUUCUCUAACAUUCACGGUCACUCAUCUGAUGCGCAUAUUAAAGUUGGCCAAAACGUGUCAGAAUUUGUUGCUCCUUUUCCUACUCAAAAUAUCCACGGUCAUGCUUCAGAUGCACAUAUCAAAAUUGGUGAGCAUGUUUCUGAUGUAGUUGCCCCUCUGCCCACUGCCAGUGUCCACGGUCACAGUUCAGAUGCUCACAUUAAAGUUGGAGAAAACAUCUCGGAUGUUGUUGCACAACUUCCCUCUCCCAGCAUCCAUGGUCACUCCUCGGAUGCUAAUAUAAAAGUUGGCGAGUUUAUGUCUAACAUACCUGAAGAAAGACCUCGUUCUAGUAAAUUCGGGCAUUCCUCAGACUGCAUCCUUCAAACAGGCUGUGUGGUGUCUGGAUCUGAACCCGCCUUGUCUGCUUUACCUGGAAGCUCUUAUGGUCACUCCUCAGACUCGACGUUGGGUAUCGGAUGUUUAGUUUCAGGAGAUGAACCCAAACCUUCUCCUCUACCUGGCAGUGCCCAUGGUCAUUCAUCAGACUCAAAUUUAGGCGCCGGAUGUCUUGUGUCCAAAACGGAUCUUCUUCCAUCCCCACUGCCUGGCAGCGCCUAUGGCCACUCUUCUGAUUCAACACUGGGGGUGGGCUGUGUGGUGUUGGGGACAGAGCCACAAGCUUCUGUACUACCAGGAAGUGCUUAUGGCCACUCAUCAGAUUCUUCACUUGCAGUCGGGUGCGUGGUGAAGGACAAGGGCAGUGGAAAUCAGCAGAGGGCGGAAGACAAUGAAGAUGGUAAAGGUUUUCAGUCGGACAGCCCUGGUGAGCAGCUGGCUGAGAGCAUGGGGUCCUGGGCGGCGGCCUUUGGUGUGUCCCCUGGAGAAAAGUCUGAGCAGGAAUACCUCUUAGCUUUGUCCGCUCAGUACCAGGUGGAACACUACGAAGACUGCUUCAACCUAAUGGCUUCGUCCCCUGAGUGUCAGCUGCUGAAGCAGGUAACUCGGGGCCCCUGGGGCCUUCCCAUGGACCCGACGCUCCGCAGAGCCACAGACACCACUGCUGUCCAACUCAGUGAGAUGGUUUCUCUGCCAGUUCUGAUAAAACACUCUGUCACUGCCCCGCUCAUCACACAUGUGUCUUUGGUGAACAAGGCGGUGGUGGACUAUUUCUUUGUGGAGUUGGGGGUGGAGAGACACUUCGAGGCACUGCGCCACUUCUUGCUGAUGGAGGACGGCGAAUUUGCACAGUCCCUCAGUGAUCUGCUCUUUGAGAAGCUGGGCAGCGGCCAGACUCCCGGCGAGCUGCUGACCCCCCUGGUGCUGAACUCCAUCCUCAGCAAGGCCCUGCAGUACAGCUUACAUGGGGACACCCCGCUGGCUGGCAACUUCACCUUCGCCCUGCGCUUCCUCCCAGAGACCUUCCAUCCACACGCCCCCGAUUCCCUCAACUGUCUGGAGCUGCGCUACAAGGUGGACUGGCCGUUGAACAUCAUCAUCACGGACAGCUGCAUGAACAAGUACAACCGCCUGUUCUCGUUCCUGUUGCAGCUCAAACACAUGGUGUGGAGCCUCCGAGAGGUCUGGUUCCACCUCAAGCGGACAGCGCUGGUAAAAGGAGCCGGCCGCUCUGUGCAGUUCCGUCAGCUGCAGCUGUACAGACACGAGAUGCAGCAUUUUGUCAAGGUGAUCCAGGGGUACAUCGCCAACCAGAUCCUGCAAGUGUCCUGGAGCGAGUUCACAGCCAAGCUGGCCACUGCCAGCGACCUGGACGCUAUCCACCGCACACAUGCAGACUACCUCAACAGAGCCAUCUUCAGGGGUCUGCUUACAGAGAAAGCGGCUCCAGUCAUGAACAUCAUCCACAGCAUCUUCAGCCUCAUCCUCAAGUUUCGAGCCCAGCUAAUCGCUCAGCCCUGGGAGAGCCAGCAGGGGGAGGCAGUGCACCCCAGCUUCAUUGCCAUGCAGCAGUCAUACAACACCUUCAAGUAUUACUCCCACUUUCUUUUCAAAGUGGUGACCAAGCUGGUGAACAGAGGCUACCAGCCUCAUCUGGAGGAUUUCCUCCUUCGCAUAAACUUCAACAACUACUACAAAGACUCCUGAGCUGUCCUGCUGCUUUGUAUGCAUUUUGCGCAUGAGUAUGAGUGCUUGGCACAAGCAAAUACGAUAAUUACCCAAUGCACCACAGUGUACCAUUUGUGUUUACACCUUUAGAAUCUCCUCUGUGUUUUAUAUGGCAGAUAAUUACACACAUGUAAUAAAUGAAGUUCUAAAAUGCAUUUAAAAACCCACUUGUACUUUAUAGGUUAUUUACAUUCAGGCUAGUUUAGGCAAUCAUUUUGAACGACGUGUUUAUAAGCUUGUGGAAUGGCUUCACGUCUGAAAGUGUACGCUGCCAAAGUUUGCAACUGAGAUAAAGCAAGAUGUCUGCUGUAAAGCCGCUCAUGCUCAGGUGUGCCUCCAGCUGUCUAGAUUCUAAGUGCAUUUAAGUUAAAUGACAAUUAUAUGUAAAUACAAAUGCUUUGUUUAAUAAAUGUUUUAUUCUCUCUGGCAA